AUGCGGCUGUGGGACAUGUGGGGUGCGCUCUGGACCGUCGAGGCUCUGGUUCUGUUCCUGGGGGUUCUUGCGACGCCUUUGGACCCUGUGCCACAAAGUUUGGGAGGGGAAGAGGCGAACCGCAAUUCCUGUUUGCUCGCAUACUUCCAACUGGUUUGUAAGGGCAUUGGCGGUUGUCUACAUUUGCAAAAUGACGACGUUACAUGUUACCAUCAUUACGAGAUCAAACGAGAAAUAUGUAAUGUAUAG